AUGUCCGCCAGACGCCGGUCCCGCGUGCCUGACUUCGCCGUCGACAACGAGCUGCCUGACUUCGCUUCCAAUUGGGGCAGCCACCUCGCCCUCGGUGGCGAUGCUGGGUUCCACCAUGGACUCCUCGGCAUGGGCAAUCAGUUCGGCGACCAGCCUGAUCUGAUACCGCCUGCUGGUGCGCCCGACUUCAGCCUUCUCCACGAUGCCUCCCCGACCUCGCCCUCGGUUCACCUGCAGCCAUGCUUUGACGUCGACACGCCCGCCUACGCCGGCCUGUCUGCCCUCUCCCAGGGCCUGCGGGAGUGGGACAAUGCUGCCUUCGACUCUGCUGACGUGAGCCCCACCAUGGAUCUUCUCCCGGACGACCUCAUGGCUUCCUGCAACAAGGUCGACUCCGAGCCUUUCAACCCUCUCUUGCUGGCCGGCCCUGGUGGCGUCGCUCUCGCCGACAACGCUUUCUCCGAGCCUUCCUCCUCCCACAGCUCUGUCGGCAGCAUCCCGAUCCCUCAACCCAGCGGCCAGGCUUUCUCCGAAUAUUCAUUCUGCUCCGAGCCCAGUCUGGCCUAUACUGGAUCGUCGUUCAGCUCGGACAGAAGCUUCGACGUCUUGUACGCUGCGCACAAGCAGAGCCAACACCUGGCGCCGCCUCAGCAGAAUGCUCUGCCAACUACCCUCCAACCGCAUUUCUCUAGCUGGAAGUCCCCGCCCCAGCCACCUAGACCAACACAUGCGCAAGGAGCGCGGCGCCUAACUGUCGACCAGGCCAGACGGGCCACCCCCUCGAGCAUUAGCCCCAACACUGGGAGAAACCCGCUCAGUUUCAUCCACUUCCGGCCCGGCGGAGAGCCAGGCCAACUCCUCAUCCAUGGCGCCGAGCAUCCCAUCAACGCAAAGAAGCCGAGGGGUCGGAAAAACCCACUUACCCCGACUCAGAAGAAGAACGCAGCCCUCAUGCGCCGAGUCAAGGCCUGCGAAAGCUGCAGGCAGCGGAAAGAAAAGUGCGAUCCCGGCAUUCCGUGCAAAGCAUGUAUUGAGCACUUCCGCACCGAUCUCGUGCGGCAACCUUGCCGUGGCAAGACGUUGGAGGUUUUAACAUCGUCCAUGCUCUCCGAUGAACUGGGCUGGUGUCCUAUGGAACGAACACUUGAUGCCUACUUGGGUCCUGGAGCAUACAAAAUUUCAUCCGAAGUUUCAUUUGUCAAUCUCAUGCUCGGAUUUGGGCCUCCGUUGCUUCGGGAAGUCCGGAGGGUCAUUCCCCAUCAACCCAGCCAGCUGUGGCACAGCCAUGUCGUGUAUGAGUGGCCGACCAGCGCCAAUGAGGCUGGGUUGAGUGGCAUUCCCCGCCAAGACUACCACAGGGUUUUUCCAGCCAUCCUCGCUGACACAGCCGACCUUCGCCAUGAACUUGAUGAACACCUGUUGAAGCUGGUGAACGGGGAUCAAUAUUUUCGCGAGUUUCCCGUAUUCCGCUCACCCUUCGAAGUCCUCAAGUAUGUGUACAUGUUCUACCGGGAUCUCUCAAACGCAACCCACAGGCAUCUUCUCUGCACUGCCCUUAAGCUCCUGGUUCUUGUCCAUAUCAGCGAUAAUACGAGGCUGGAUCCGUCUGUGCCACUCUUUUUCACCUUUUCCCGCGAUGCUGGUGACGUUCGAACCACGACGCCGUGCUUCAUUCGAGGCCAGCUGGGUGCUGUUGUCCCGCAUCUCGCCCAAGACCUGCUUCGUGAGGCGCUAAACCGUCUGGAAGAGAUUUGCCUCGCUCGCCGCUGUACCGACUGGCCGGUCGUCCUUGCAACACUUGUGACUCUCUGUAUGGCUGUGGAGACCGCUCAAUACCACGCUGCAAAAGCGCCUUAUCACGCACAUUUUGACGCUUCGACCCCGGACUGCAACAACUCCAACACCGGAAUGGCCAUUCCCACGAAGCCUAAACUGGCUGUCUAUGGACCCGAGAAGCCGACCCAUCCCACCUCUCCUGGCAUUUCGUUUUCGUCCACCUCUCUCGAUGAUUGUGGCGACAAUGAUGAACCGGCAUCACUACUAUCGACCAUCAAUGAGGAGGCCGUUGACCGCCUCAUCUCUUUCUACCGCAUUUGCUACCGUGGAUGCCACGGCACACGAUUGCAGGAACAGGACCCUGCGUCUGCGUCUCCGAAGCGCCGAAGGCAAGACUCUGACCAGGACGCCGUCUCUGCAUGCUUCGUCACUUCAUUGAAGGCCUCGCUGAGAAACGCGAAGACUUAUUUGGUCCAACGAAAAAGCACGAGUCAAUAUGCACUCAAGGUGAUGGGAAUGAGAUUUGCAACGGGACCAUCAGGGCGUAGUCAUGCACAGCAAGGAGCAGACUCGAAGGACAUGUCAGUCUUCUUUGAUAGGCUUCUGGCGAAGUUGUUUCUAGCUUGA